AUGGCCAAUAACUCGUCAAAUGACGCGGAAGAGCGACGCCAAAGCUCGAUGAUGCCGGUGGACGACCUGGAAGAUGACCUCGAGGUGCAGGACAUAAUCGAGGAUUCAGACGAGCUUUCAGAGGGAGAAGAUCUUGCGGACGACAUUGAAAAUGCUUUGGGCAACGAUUUCGACUUCGAAGGGAGUUUCUACUACGCGAAAACUCACCCAGGAGCACCCAACCCAUGCCUUCACGUCCAAGGAAUCGGCUCUGUUGGCUUACCUCUCAGCGAAGUCGAAGCAAAGAGACUCAUAUCCCAAGCCGCCCAGGCGCCAUUUGGAAAAGGAGACCAGACCGUUGUCGACACUUCGGUUCGAAACACCUGGGAGAUCGAACCGGAACUCGUCUCGUUUGAAAAUCCCGAAUGGACGGGUUGGCUGGAAUCAACGGUUCUCAAAACCGUUUGGAAUAGCUUAGGUGUUGCGCCGUACACCAGUAAACCGCGAUGCGAGCUUUACAAGCUCCUGGUUUACGAGCGGGGCUCUCACACACAAAAGGCUGGCGGAAUGUUUGCCACUGUCAUCGUCGUUCUUCCCUCCGCCUUCGAAGGUGGCCAAAUCCGGGUUUCACAUUCGGGCUCCUCCCAUACCAUCGACAUCGCGUCGACCUCUGCAACAGAGACCUCUGUGCUUGCAUGGUAUACCGACGUCAUCCAUGAAGUCCUCCCCAUCACUUCUGGCUACCGCCUGGCGCUUUCCUACAAUCUCAUCCACACCUCUCGAGAGAUGCCUCGACCUUCGCUCCCCGACAUGGGCGACGCGAUCUCCCAACUGCGCCGCGUCUUCCAAAAGUGGAGCCAAGGCAAGUAUCCCACACUCAGCACCCCGUAUCUAUCGUACGUGCUCAACCACGAGUACAACGAAAUCAGCCUCUCAACCGGUGCCGCGGCCCUCCAAGGCGUCGACGCGCACAAAGUUGGCCACCUCAUCCCGAUUGCUGAAGAACUGGGCUUUGUUCUUGCAUUUGGGAAGCUCGACUACCAUGUCUCGGGGACGCCGGCGUAUUCGUAUGGUGGUCGGCGGGGAAGGUGGUCACGGUACGACGACUACGAGGAUGACUCGGGGGAUGAAGAUGCACCCAUGGAGGACAUCAUCGAUAGCUACUAUACUCUGAAAGGUUUAGUGGAUAUCAAUGGGAACACGCUCGUUCGUGGUUCACCAGGCCAAGGUCUCCGCUUCGACUCCGGCUCCCUCAUUCCCGAGGACCCAUUCGACGGAGAAAGUCCUGACAGGAAAGACUACGAAGGCUAUAUGGGCAACCACUACUUCCAGUGGGGGCCAACGAUCGAUCAUUGGUAUUUUCGUACUGUUCUGAUAUUGUAUCGUCGGAAAGACGAGAUCAAGGUCAUGUUCACGCUUGGAGGUGGGACUUCAUGGGCCUUGGAAAGGCUCAAAACCUCGAGGGAUCCUCCGUCAGAGGAAGACAAGCUCGUCGUCCAAGAGCUCGUACGCACUUUGUCCACUGUUCCGUCCAUUUCACACCAAGCGGCAGUCAUCGCUCUAUUCGAGUAUGCGGUGAAGUGGAAAGAUGCUGACCUCUGGAGCAAGGUCAUCGUCAGAGCUGGUACUGUGCGUGGGACCAAUUCCAGCAUCAUGGUGGAGAAGGUGCUGGCUGGACUUGGUGUCUUCCCCUUUGAUUCGGUGAAAUCUGGAAUCGAGGCGGAGCUCAAGGUUGCAAGCUCCCUCCCCGACCGGUUGGAUAUACUCGACAAAGUCACUCAGCGAGUUCACGACGACCAACCCGCCAAAGAAUGGAUCCAAAAGAAGCGAUCAGCAUGUAUCGAAGCUUAUGAUUCUGCGUCGGUCGCGGAUGUACCUGUUCUCAUCCAGAUUGCACAGUCGAAUGGGCUGAGCGUGUUGGACGAAAGUAUCAUGCCCAAACUCUUGAAGAAAACCAAAACGUACCAUUUUUGGAUAUCCCUUGCGAAGUCUUUGCACGAAAAUAAGCAGAAAUUGACAACGUCCACAUCGACGACCGCUCCUUCUCCCCCAACCUCUGUCAACCUCCUCAUCGCGAAAUGUCUGAAAGCCGCCGGGUCCCAGUGGCACGAGGCUCCAACCAAGUUUUAUUCAUAUUCGUGGUGCUACAACCCCUACCCAGAAGAAGAAGCCGGAAAAGCGAAGAUCGAACGCGUCAUUGAAGUCAUUCAACUUUGCUUGAAGACCGGCAUCAUGGGGCCCUGCAACGCACUCCUCGUCGAGGUUCUCCGCGACAACAAGGAUGUCCCCAUGAAGUUCAAAACGCUCUACACACCGCUACUCUCUGAGCUGAAGAAGCUCCUUCGAAAGGAGAAGAAGCCUCUUUCGCACCCACCCUUUGGCGAUGUCGUUCGGGGUCUUGUUCUACUCUACGUGCGGCAGGUCCUUGGUUCGAAACCUAGCGAGGCUUCUAUGGCUUCGAUUCGAAAGGUUGGAUGCGGGUGUGUCUACUGCAAUAACUUGGACGUUUUCAUCGUCGGGCCUGCCACCAAGAUCGAGUACCGCGAAGCCCAAAUUCGGCGAACUCACAUCGAAAAGCGGAUCGCCUCAAUCCCGGAUUUGGUCACGUUUACCACCGUCAAGUAUGGCUCUCCCCACACCUUGGUCAUUACGAAGCGGGAGGCGGCGGCUCAGGCUACGCAGUGGAAGUCCAAGCUGAGGGAAGCAAAGUCGUUCGUUGCGGAACUGGGCCAUGGGGAGGAUAUGGAGGCGUUGAUGGGUCCGCAGGGGUAUUUGGAGGUUCAGCGAGCCCUUGGGUUGGCACCUGAGACUGCUGCUCCUACGCAGCAAGCACCUGCACAGCAGGCUGAGCCGUCGACCAGCAGACGCACGGUGCGACCUGGGAUGCUGAAGGCGUGUGGUAUCACGCUGGCUGGCAUGAAGAGACCGCACGACGCGCGGUAG